GUAAAAGUAGAAGUCUCAGUGAAUACAGCUUAGUGGGAGCCAGGAAGUAUUGCCUAUGGAUCUCAUUAGUGGAACAAAGGGGAAAAAACUGUUUAAUUAAAGGCCCAGGAAGGACAAGUUCUCUUUGCUGGCAAAAGUCUUUAAUGAAACGUCCUACUAAGGAAAAAACCUCUAGGCUAUAUAGAAGUUAUAUGUGUGGUUUUAGGUAAUUUUGAUUCUGGUAUUGGGUCUUAAAAUGCCAUCCUUUAUUGUAUACAGUGAGAAAAAUGAGUGAUUAACGUCAGCAUGGUGGACCCCAAACAAUGUUUACUAAGACAAGUGAGGGAGGAGGUUGAGUUCAAGAAUGUCGCCUUAUGCCUGCAGCACUGCUGCUCUUCUUGUGUAUCUGACCUGUGUUUCCCUUUGGUGUCUGGCUAAAAAGACCACAAAUCAAAGUGGGAAGAGCUCUGAGGAAAGUUUCUUAUCUCAUAGACCACUGCCAAAGCUGCACAAUGGUGUGAGAUGCUUUUGGAUGAAGACUUUUCCGUACUGAAGAUAUCAUAAAAUGUCAGCAUGGAACCUUUUGAUACCUCAUUUCUUAUUAAGUAAAGUUGCAGUAGUGGAGUAACAGAAGUCAGUGUGAGACACUACAAGAAGGGAAGGCUUUGUUUUAAGCCACACUGAUUUCGCUCAUUCAGACAAAUACUCAUAACCACAUAUUCACAAGCACGAGGACGCAUUUGUUCAUAUGGUUUGAUUUCCUUGCAGUGACAUAGAAUGCAGGACACCAGCUCUAGAUUCUUCAUUAUGUCUCCUGGGUUUGUCAUAGUUUGGCCACUACAUGCUCAUUUUAAAUACAUUUUCUACAUCCUUCAGGAACUGUCAGUAGUUGUGGUCUUUUGUCUCUACAUCUUUUCCCACCUCUGAGUAUCAUUACGUCUUAUUGUCUUUUGUCUCCUCAUCUAGGUAUCUUAUUGUUCAGUUGCAUUGUUUUUCAUAGCACCAUCAUCUCUAAUGAUUUGAUUUUCUGCUGGGAACUUAACAAUCUCCUAAUCAAGGUGCCAUCAAUAUACACUGUUCUUGUAGCCCUUCUUCUGCCUUUCUUCUAAGUGCUUCCACACCCAGAGCUCUCCUUCCGUUUAUACAAAUCCUGUUGCUUCUUUCACUAUAUAAAGGGAAUUAUGGCCACUGGCGAUAAAGACAUUAACCCUGGUAAAGCAAUGAAUGCUGGAUCCAGUGCCAUUUUAUGAAGAAGAAAAAACUAAUUCAAAAGCAGUAAAAAUUGAUCUAUCUUUCCUUCUCCUUUCAAAAUUACUUCCUGAUUUAUGAGAACAAUGUUUCUUUAUAAAAAUAAACAGUUGUCAGAUUUAAUACAAAUAAUAAAUAUGUCUCCAAAUAGCAUAUAAUUGGUAUGUGAAAUUCAUUACUAUGGAAGGUCAUCAAGUCAAAUGACUUGGCAGGCAUGUGAUGUUAGGAACAUUAAUAUCAUUUGUAGUUAUGCACCAGAAGAUAAGAACAAUCAGAUUUAAUGCUUCAAGGGAUAAAAAAGUCUUUCAUCUCACCAAACACUAUUUCACAAUUAGCUGGGUAUCACGCAUUUCCCCCCCAGUCCUCCAAUCUUCCUUUGAAGCCUAUCAACUCCUAGCAACAAACAGAAACCAAGAUCAGGGCUUGGUGUACCACAGAAAAUUUUAUUUACUUUCUAAAGACAAAAUGUAUGGCACUAUAGAUACUGAACCUAAAACAGAACAAAGAAGCAGGGGUGCUUGUAAAUAUUUCAGUGGCUGCCUGCAUUUAAAACAGCCCAGAAAUGUUUCAGUCUGAUCUAGACUUCACAGGGACCGGCAGGUUUUGAAUCUAAGACACUAUCUAAGUUCAUUGGUUAAAAAAGUCACAACAUUGUUCUUUUUUAUUUACCAGACAGAUGAGCAAAGUGAAACGGCAGCUGCUUUCUUAUCACUCUGCAUGUCCGUACAGGAAAUAUGGCAAAUACAGCUGUUCUGGGAAGUCCUGGCCAAACAUGGAGAGUCAGUCUUUGAGGAUACUGGGCUUCAUUUUGAAUUGUGAUGGAUUUCAAGGAGUGACUUCGAGGAUCACAACUCCAUGGACAAUGGCUGUGAAUUUAUAUCUGGGCCCACGACGCUGGGAGAACUGCCCCUUGGACGAACUACAGGCUGGCUUGGAAGGACGGCUCUGAUCUCUGUCUGCCUUCAGUGGGAAGAGAGUGAGGCACAGCAAGAGACGGAGUGAGUGAGUCCUUGCACAAUGCGU